AUGGAAAAAAUGAAGAAAUAAAAUGAAAUAAUAACAAAUUAAUUAAAAAAUAAUAAAAUAAUUGUUGAAAAUAAAAAAAUGAGUUAAAUAAAGAAAGAUAAAAGAAAAUAAAACACAAGUUCAAUAAAUAAAAAAGUAAAGGAAAGUAAGUCAAAUGAAAAGCUAAUAAAUAAAAAAAAAGAAUCUUAUUGUUUUAAAUUUAUUUUUUAUAAAUAGUAAUGUCACAAUCCAAAACAAAUAAACUGUUUUUACCUAAGAGAAAGUGCCAAUUUUGAGAGAUUAGUGCAAUUUGCUAAAGCAGAACACAAGCCUGAUCCACCUUAAUCAUCAAUUUUGUUAUAACUUUUUAAUAUUGAAGAAAAAAUAUAUAAUUAACUUGCUAUUAGAAGGAAAAAUGAAGAAAUAAUAAGAAAUUAAUUAAAAAUAAUAAAAUAAUUGUUGAAAAUAAAAAAAUGA